AUGUUCGCUCCACCACCACCAACGACACCAGAGUCGGUUGACAUGCAGCUGGAGGCACAACUGGCCCAGACGAUGGCAGAGGCGGCGGAGAGGGAGGAGAAGGAGAAGAAGAAGGAGAGACGAGCAGCGCCAGGACGUGAGAGAAAGCUGGUGAAUUUAACAGUGACCACCAAUUCGUCUGAUGCGGUCGGCCGAUCCGACCGCAUCAGACGAAAACGACCAUCAAUCGAGACCUUGAGACGUGGCCAUCAACAACCCUCAGCUUUCUGCGUUAACGCUGAGAGCCGCGCAGUAGCUAUCGAGAACCACGUCAAGAUUCCUGAUGGCGCCAAUGCCCCGAACAGCAAGGGUGCCACAUACGUCCACAAAGAACUCGACCGUGUCUGA